GUGCUGGCAACGUCCGGCUGCAGAGCGAGACCUUGACGCCCGAGAGAAUUGCUGCGCACGAGCUUGCUGCCGCAGCGUGCUUGAAGUUGGCGCGGAAUCUCUCAGUGGAGAACGCGGAGAUCCAGGCGCGCUGGUGGCGCCGUGGCUUGCCGGAGCGUUUGGCGGUGCAGGCGCGCUGCGACCUGGCGGCGCCUGGUGGAGAGAGGUCAGCCGCCUGGUGCGAAGCUGUGCCCAGUUUCAUGGCAAACGUUGUGGCCAACAACCCCGAGUUGCGGAAGGAGGCGUUGGAGGCCCUAUGGCCACACGGCCUGGCUGCAGUCCUGGCCAUUUGCCCGGACCGCAGCGCCAACCACAGCGCGGGCAGCGCCUGCAUGGGCGUAGAGAAGAACAGUCCAAUGGAAAACUAG